AUCAAAUCAGUUGGAGAGGCGUCUUAAUAAACGCCCUUCAAAUUUCUCUCAUCUUCAAAAUCCAUUCCUAGAUCCCUGAUUUUGAUUUCACAAUCCAGCCGAAAAUGAGGGAGUGCAUCUCGGUUCACAUCGGACAGGCCGGUAUUCAGGUCGGAAAUUCCUGCUGGGAGCUUUACUGCCUCGAGCACGGCAUUCAGCCUGAUGGCCAGAUGCCGAGUGACAAGACUCCUGGGGGAGGUGAUGAUGCUUUCAACACCUUUUUUAGUGAAACAGGUGCUGGGAAACAUGUUCCCCGUGCYAUUUUUGUAGAUCUUGAGCCCACUGUCAUCGAUGAAGUGAGGACAGGAACAUACCGCCAACUUUUUCAUCCAGAGCAGCUCAUUAGUGGAAAAGAAGAUGCUGCAAACAACUUCGCAAGAGGCCACUAUACCAUUGGAAAAGAGAUUGUUGACUUAUGCUUGGACCGCAUCCGGAAGCUGGCUGACAAUUGCACUGGUCUUCAGGGAUUCUUGGUGUUCAAUGCUGUGGGUGGAGGCACUGGUUCUGGUCUUGGCUCCCUUCUACUGGAGCGCCUGUCCGUGGACUACGGCAAGAAGUCUAAGCUUGGCUUUACGGUCUAUCCUUCACCACAGGUUUCAACCUCCGUUGUCGAGCCCUACAACAGUGUGCUCUCUACCCACUCUCUCCUUGAACACACCGAUGUUGCUGUGCUGCUUGACAAUGAGGCCAUCUAUGAUAUCUGCAGACGCUCUCUUGAUAUCGAGCGCCCCACUUAUACCAACCUCAACCGUUUGAUUUCCCAGGUCAUAUCUUCGUUGACUGCAUCUCUGAGGUUUGAUGGGGCUCUGAACGUGGACGUUACCGAAUUCCAAACAAAUCUCGUACCAUACCCAAGGAUCCAUUUCAUGCUCUCGUCUUAUGCCCCGGUUAUCUCGGCCGAGAAAGCAUACCAUGAACAGCUGUCGGUUGCGGAGAUCACUAAUACGGCAUUCGAGCCAUCGUCCAUGAUGGCCAAGUGUGAUCCACGACAUGGCAAGUACAUGGCUUGUUGCCUGAUGUACCGGGGUGACGUUGUCCCUAAGGACGUGAAUGCAGCCGUGGCGACCAUCAAGACGAAACGCACGAUCCAGUUUGUGGACUGGUGCCCGACCGGCUUCAAAUGUGGCAUCAACUACCAGCCGCCGACGGUGGUUCCCGGCGGGGAUCUUGCAAAGGUGCAAAGGGCGGUGUGUAUGAUAUCGAAUUCGACGAGUGUGGCGGAGGUGUUCUCUCGGAUAGACCAUAAGUUUGACCUAAUGUAUUCGAAGAGGGCAUUCGUUCAUUGGUACGUAGGGGAGGGAAUGGAGGAAGGAGAAUUCUCGGAAGCACGUGAAGAUUUGGCAGCACUGGAGAAGGAUUAUGAAGAGGUUGGUGCUGAAUCUGCUGAGGGUGAUGAUGAUGAGGGAGAUUACUGAGCCUAUCCUUUCAUGAAUGUGGUUUGCUUUCUUUUAUGCUGUUUGUUGUUCAUCAUAUCAAUGUGGUUUCCUUUUUCUUAUCUUAUGUUAUAUUUUUAAAGAUUUAGGUUACUUGAAAUA